AUGGCAGCCAAAGUUGCAAACUCAACUCAUAAAUUGUUCGUAAGCAACUUGCCCUGGACUGUAGCACAUAGGCAGUUGAAAGAAUACUUUUCACAGUUUGGCUUUAUCUCCAACGCGUAUGUUGUUUUUGACAGAACGACUGGAAUGAGCAAAGGCUAUGGCUUUGUUACGUUUAGUAGUCCAAAAGAACUGAACGUUGCAGUCAAAAAGACACAUCACUUUCUAGAAGGAAACCCGAUAUACCUUUCAGACCCCUAUACUACCAAUCAGCCCCAACAGUGAAUUGCAUUUUUAUCCCCAUCAAAUUAGGUAUACUAGAGAUAAGCUCAACUUGAUAAAAAAAAACAACAAUUAUGGCUAACAGUGAGUCCGCCGAUAUAUCUCAGCUUGACAAAACAUUCGAUAGGGCUGCGGAUCAC